AUGGUUGACGAGGAGGUGAAGUCGCUGCUUCAGUCCACCUCGACGGCUCUUAAACUGCGGAAAUUUACGUUGACUGGCCCGGAGGAGCCUCUCUACUAUGAUGUUUCAGAGUUUGGGAUUAGGACCUACAUCCCCGGUUCGCUUCGCAAGCGAGCGUUCGAUUUGGCUCAUCACAUGUCGCAUCCCGGAGUGAAGGCCACGAGACAGUACAUCGCCGAAAAGUUCGUGUGGCCCGGAAUGAAUAAGGACAUUUCGGACUGGGUUCGCUCCUGUUUGGCGUGUCAACGUGCGAAGAUCCAGCGUCACAACAAGUUUGCUGCGGAGAAGAUUUCGAUGCCAGACAACAGGUUUGAGCACAUUCAUAUUGACAUCGUCGGACCUCUGCCUCCGCUCAAGGAUUCAGGAUAUUUAGGAUAUUUAGAAACUUCAUUUCAGGAAAGUGUGGCUUCAUAUUGUGUUGAUAACAAUAUUAACCAUGUUCAGGGUAACAAUUUAUUUACCCUCCUUCGAACCCAUAGCUGCUUUAGCCAUAUACCCAAGGAUAUUAGGACUGUCCUGGGUACUCCACGAACUUGUGUUCCAACAUAUGUUGUAGAACCAGGGGAGUAUGUUCAUUUUGAUGUCGAAGCUGAAAUUGUUAAAUAUAUCAGGAAUGCUUCUUUUUCACCACAUAGGGAAUUAGAAUUAGAUUUUAGAGAUGGAUGUGCUUUAGAGAGAGCAGGAACAACCUAUCUGUGGCCAAUUCAGUGUACGAUUAGGAACAUACCUGAUGCAAGCCCAAUAGUUGUCAGUAUUUAUAGAGGAUUGCAGAAGCCUAAUGAUCCUAAUAGGCUUUUCAAUAUGUUCAUCAUGAACAUAACCCAUAUUCUUUCAAACGGUGGUGUAGAUCUCGGUGGUACUAAGGUACCAAUAAAAUUAAGAUGUUUUAUUACUGAUGCACCAGCAAGAGCUUUUAUCCUCAACCAUCGUGGCCAUACAUCCAGCCGGCCCUGUUCCAAAUGCAAAAUUUCUGGUACGCACAGCGAAGGUAGAUAUGUCUUCAAUGGCAUGAAGCAUCUGCUUAGAACUGACGACCAAUAUUCUUAAUGUGUAGAUGAGGACCAUCAUAAAGAAGGUUGCAGUCCCUUAUCAUCACUACCUUUUGGAAUGGUUUCUCAAGUUCCAUUUGAAUAUAUGCAUUUGGUAUGCUUGGGCGUCAUGAAAAAAAUAUUAUCUGCAUGGAUAAGUGGAAAAUAUUCACAUUUGUCCAAAUCAUCAGGUAGUCAUCUUGCUCGUAUGUCUGCCAGACUGGGUAGACUCAGACAAUGUUGUCCCUCUGAUUUUGGAAGACAUCCAAGAUCUCUGGUGUAUUAUUCCAAAUAUAAAGCAACAGAGUUUCGGCAAUUUCUUUUAUAUACAGGUCCGGUUGUGGCGUAUGGUCUCCUCAACGAUAACUUAUAUGUUCAUUUCUUGUUCCUUCACACAGGUAUUACAAUUUUAGCAUCACAAUCUCCGUCGGAUCAGUUUUUGAAUUUUGCAGAGCUUGUUCUGCAAAAAUUUGUUCUUCGUACUGAAGAGUUGUACAUAUAA